GCACUUUCGGACGAAUCGCCGUAGUCGCCGGUAUACAACCUGCUCUCUGUGUUCUAAUUCUCGGACUUCUCGCCGUAGCGUACGCCCAAAGCUGCUAGGUUGCCGUACCCGAGACCCAUAACUGCCAUUCAGAGGACAAACAUCAACCACGUUCUUUCAACCAUGAUCUUUCCACGUUACCCUUUAAUCGUUUAACAGACAGGGGAUGAAACUAUUUGUGGCGUACGAUGGCCAUUUCCACGGGUCCGAUAUCCCCGUGUUUGGUGUAGGAAGUAGUGCGGGAGCUUCAAGGGAAGACACGUGCGGUAUGGAUAUAGCUCUAGAAAAGUAUAAUCGUGGUGCCACGGCGAGAAUUUCCAUCAGUAUUUCUAUCGUCCUCGUCGCUCCUUCUUUUGCCAUCUAGUCUUUUUUUCAGUUCACCUUGCUUGUCAUACUGGAACACUUCAGUGUUAAUUUCGCAAUGGCACAAACUGAGAAAGCUCUUGAGGCGGAAAGUUCACCUGAUACGAGCCCAGAUUUGUCGGCGUCGUUUCAAGACGAGAAAUACAUUUCCCAAGAAGCAUCUUCUCUUCAACUGCCUACCGCAGCUAUUGCCAAUACUGCCAAAGUUUCCAGUGUCCUUACUGUAUUUGUUGCUGGCGUCGCGCUCUUCAGCGAUGGCUACAAUGCCCAGAUAAUUGGCUACAUGCAGCCAUUAUUUGCCGACCUGUAUCCAAAUGGCAUAUCUAGUGCAAUUAAAACCCGCCUCUCUAACUCGUACUUAAUCGGCGAAAUAUUCGGCAUGCUAUUCUUCGGCGUCCUUAUUGACAAGGUUGGCCGACGCACGGGUAUAUUCUUCGCAACUAUAUUCCUAAUUAUUGGCAUUAUACUCGCUACGGCCUCGCAUGGAAAAGACCAGCUUGGUCUGUUCUGGAUGAUGAUUGUUGGCCGUGGUAUUGCUGGCUUUGGCGCUGGGGGUGAAUACCCCGUCUGCGCUACGACUGCUGCUGAGGCCUCGGACGAGACUUCGCAUGUUCGCCGACGACGAGGGUUUCUGGUUGCUAUGUCCACUGACUUUGCCGUUGAUCUCGGCUUCGUUUUUGCCGGUAUUGUCGCGUUGAUUGUUUUGGCAUGUUACAACCAGAAAUCUUCAGAAGGAGUCUGGAGGGUCUGCUUUGGCUUAGGCAUUGUUCUCCCCAUCGCCGUUGUCUUCUAUCGUCUCCGCAUGGCAAACUCCACUCAAUUUCGAAAGCAUGCCAUUAAAACUAAUAUUCCCUACAUUCAUGCUUUGAAGUUGUAUUGGAAGCCAAUGCUUGGCACAUCUCUCGCGUGGUUCUUCUACGACUUUGUAACCUACCCAUUUGGCCUCUUCUCCUCUACCAUCAUCUCCCAGCUCAACCCGAACAAUACCGUCGUCCAGAACAUUGGCUAUGGCACAGUAAUCAACUGCUUCUACCUCCCCGGCUGCAUCAUAGGCGGCCUGCUUAUGGAUAAAAUCGGACGCAAGCAAACUAUGACCCUCGGAUUCUUCCUUUGGGCCAUCCUCGGCUUCGUUCUCGGCGGCGCACUCGGCCCCAUCCAAUCCGUGUUUCCCCUUUUCGUUGUCCUAUACGGCAUCUUCAACGCCCUAGGCGAAAUGGGCCCCGGAGUCGCGACAUUCCUGUGCGCAGCGGAAUCUUUCCCUACUCCCCUUCGCGGGCACUAUCUCGGUUUUGCAGCCGCAGUUGGUAAGGCGGGCGCAGCGAUCGGGACGGAAGUCUUCACACCGAUCCAGGACUCGUUUGCGAAUACGGAGAAGGGGCAGCAGGGGGUGUUCUUGAUCGGGGCUGCUUUUGCGGUUGUGGGGGGCCUAAUUGCGUGGUUCUUUAUCCCGGAUAAAGAGAGGGAUUUGGAGGCCGAGGAUGCGAGGUUUAAGGCGUAUCUGGAGGAGAACGGGUUUGAUACAAGCUGUUAUGGGGAAGUCCAGGUUAGAUAA